CUUCACGCGUUUGCUGAGUUCCGGGACCCGUCUGUGCACUGAGCCUUGAGAUGCAUCCGCCUCACCUAAAUCAAGUGCAGAAGACCCCAGCUCUGGGUGGAGGCGGGUAACCUCCAUACUCGCUCCCGGGCUGGAGGAGAUCCGGUGCCCCUCUGCGGAUAGGGUCAGUCCUAGACUGUCUCACGGGACAAGAGCUGCAGCCUCUGCCACCGUGCCAAUUCUUCCAGAAGAAGCUUAGCUUCCUCUUGAAGUGGCUCUUGAAGGUGUUUACUGGAUUGUGCAGUUAUCGCCCAUUCGUGGAACAGUUAGCAAGGUAGCCUUCAUGGCUGUGCCACAUCAUUUGCAGGAGACUUCCUAUCUGCUGCCUCCAGAUCCAGAGGAUUGGGAGAAACAAGGCAUCCCGGACUUUGUCUAUGGCCAGGAGGAUCUCGUUGGCAAGGAAGUUCAGUGGCCCAGGGAUUCACCUAGUGCCGUGGACACAGUACCACUAUCCCGUUUCGACUCUGCCCUCCGCUCUGCGUGGAGGCAGCGGCUGGAACUGGGCCUGUUUCGGUACCGCCUAGAAGAUCUGCAGACCCAAAUCCUCCCCGGUUCCGUGGGGUUUGUAGCUCAGCUGAAUAUAGAGCGAGGGAUACAGAGGAGGCGCCCCCAGAAUAUCAGAAGUGUGAGGCAGGAGUUUGACCCGGAACAGUUUAACUUCAAUAAAAUUCGACCUGGAGAAGUCCUUUUCCGGAUGCAAAGGGAACCUAAAGGCCCAGCCACUCCAAAGCAAGAGGACGACGUCCUUGUGGUGAUCAAUGUCAGCCCCCUGGAGUGGGGUCAUGUGCUGCUGGUGCCUGCACCUGCUCAGGGGCUUCCCCAACGGCUGCUGCCUGGAGUGCUGCGGGUGGGGCUAGAAGCUGUCCUACUGAGCUUGCACCCAGGCUUCAGGGUCGGCUUCAACAGCCUGGGAGGCCUGGCCUCUGUGAACCAUCUUCACCUGCAUUGCUACUACCUGGCCCACCCACUGCCUGUGGAGGGAGCGCCAAGCACACCCCUAGACCCCAAAGGUUGUAUACAUCUGCUGCAGGCCCUGCCGGCUCCUGGCUUUCUCUUUUACACCAGUGGGCCAGGGCCGGAUUUGGAAGUGUUAAUUAGCAGGGUAUGCCGAGCUACUGACUACCUGAGUGACCGUGAGAUUGCACAUAACUUAUUUGUGACCCGGGGAGCUCCCCCCGGGCCGACAUCAUCUACCUCAGAUCUCAGUGGGAUCCGAGUCAUUCUGUGGGCCCGGAAGUCCAGCUUUGGAAUAAAGGAAAGUGGGGCGUUUAAUGUUGCCCUCUGUGAGCUGGCUGGCCACCUCCCUGUCAAAACAUCACAGGACUUCAGCAGCUUGACAGAGGCAGCUGCAGUGGCCCUCAUUCAGGAUUGUCUGCUGCCUGAAACUCAGGCAGGUGAGGUACGGGCAGCGCUGGUAGCCCUGAUGGCUCAGGAAGAGCUGUGAUUCUUCAGGAGUGUUUUCUUUGCUGACUAAUUCGAGGCCCUUUCCCAAAGGCCAAUGUGAAUUCAGUCCAUUUGUGCAUUUCAUGUCAUGACCUUCUUCCCACCUCCCCACAUAAGGACUGCAGAGAGAGCACUGAGAGAAUGUGUUCUCAUGAAUGUUUCUGCUGCCUCUUCCCUGAGAAGCCCCAGGGUAACAAGCCCUGCCAUGAAGGGCCAGAUCUGACCAUUUCAGGGGGAGGAGUGCUUGCUGCUAAGUCUGUUGAUCAGGGUUCAACCUCCAGAACCCAUAGGGUAAAGGCUGUCUUCUGACUUUAAAAUGUGCACCAUGAUACAUUCACUCACACACACACACACACACACACACACACACACACACACGUAAAUAUAUCUCAAAACAAAAUUUUUUAAAAAGUAAAUAUAAAAAUAGUUUUUUUGUUGUUGUUUUCCUUUUUUGUUUGUUUUUCGAGACAGGGUUUCUCUGUGUAGUCCUGGCUGUCCUGGAACUCACUCUGUAGACCAGGCUGACCUCGAACUCAGGAAUCUGCCUGCCUCUGCCUCCCGAGUGCUGGGAUUAAAGGCGUGCGCCACCACUGCCUGGCUUCUUUUGUUUUUCAAGACAGGAUUUCUCUGCCUGUACUAGAACUCUGUAGACCAGGUCCGCCUGCCUCUGCCUCCUGAGUGCUGGGAUUAAAGGCCUGCACCACCACCACCCUGCUAAGAAAAAAAAACAAAUUUUAAAAUGGAGAGUGGGAGAAUUUCACAGUCCUGGUUUGUCAGUGUUCUGAGACUUGUAGGUCAAUCUAAGAAAGAGGGUCACUCCAGGGUGAAAUAUGGCCUUACAGGGAGAUCCAGGCUCUGUGGACUCAAUAUCAAAUGGCCACCCAAAAGCAUAUAUUGAUUGUUACACAAAAGUUGUGGGUUUUUUGGUUAAAAAAAAUUCCUCACACCGAAUCUAGUCUUAUGUGUUUCCUGAAGGAAGACAUCACUGCCCACAGCUUCAGUUCUUAUUGUAUACUGUUUGCAGUACCCAACAGUGCACAUUCCCAGUGUGCCAGGACUGUCCAGUGACCAGGACUUUGCAAAGGUUGUAAAACUCCUUCAGAAAAACAGUUCUAUAGAUAGUAGAAAACAGUCACUCUUUUCUUAAUGAUUUCUUCAAGGUCAAAACACUUCUAGCAAACAACCAUUCUGAUGGCGACCCUAGAGUGCUUCUACUAGAUGUCUUGCUACACAGGUUGCUCUCUGGACUUCGCCUUUGGUGUGAACCAUCAGCCUCUGCUCUGAUGGCUUACAGAUACAUCCAGCUACCUUGUCUUACCUUUGCUCUUGUCCCUUGGUGCGCCACUGACUCUUACAGGGUCUCACUGUGUAGCCCUGGCUGUCCUGAAACUCACCCUGUACACCAAACUGAUCUUGAACUCAGAGAUUCAGCCUGUCUCUGCCUCCUGAAUGUGAGCCACUAAGCUCUGUAGCCCAAGCUACCAUCAAACUCCUCAAAUCAAAGAACCCUGUUUUAGUUUCCUGAAUCUCUGGGACUCCAGCUUUGCCUAUGGCUGGUUCAUUGGCUGACUUUGCCCUCCCCCCUUGUAUUUGCAACUGCUUCAUCCAGGUGGUCAACUUCUCUAAAAAAAAUUUUAAAAAAACCAAACUAUCCUUUCUUCAAGCCCCCAAUAACAGUUGACUAGUGAGUUCAAAGCCAGUCUGGGCUAUAUACUGAGACUACCUCAAAAAUUCUUUUAAAAAUGCUGGUCAUAGACCACAGAGAUAGCUCAGGAGGUAUCAACACUGUGUGCCCUCAACACAGUGACAGGCGUUUAAUCCCUAGGAUCCACUCAGUUCAAGGAGAACCAACUCCUGCAAAUGGGUCUGUCACUUCCCGCACAUGCACCAAGGAAAUGUAGCAAGUGUUCUGCUUGUUAUGAGAGACAAGGUCUCACUAUGUAGCUUUGACUGGCCUCCAACCCACAGAGAUCCAACUGCCUCUGGCUCCUACAUGCUAAGAUUAAAGGCAUGGGCUACCACAGCUGGCUAAUAUUCU